CUUCACUGUCUGUCAGCUUCAACAUUUGAUCGAGCUUGAUACCGCGAGCAAUGUGAGGAAGAGAUGGCGCCUCGAAUGGCGCAAGAAAGGAGCAAGGGGUCGUCUGGUCCUCUGAUGCAGCUCUGGCGAGGACUGAACAAUCCUCGGGAUGGGCGCGUCAUGUUGCUGGUGUCCCUGGGGCUUUUGGCUCUGGAGGCUGUGCUAUGCUCAGCCAUCGUUUGGAAAGUUCCAUAUACUGAGAUUGAUUGGGAGGCGUACAUGUCCCAAGUCACAGGGUUUGUUGGUGGGGAGAGAGAUUACAAGGAACUGAAAGGCGGGACAGGGCCAAUCGUGUAUCCAGCUGGCCACUUGUACAUAUUUACAGCUCUGCAGCAAUUCACGGGCGGCAGUGUUCCUCUUGCACAAUUGUGGUUUAUUGGCCUGUACCUUGUGAACCUGGCGUUCGCUCUCUUAGUGUAUGCGCAAUCCCAGGCCGUGCCGCCGUGGGCACUCGUACUGCUGUGCCUGUCAAAGCGAGUGCACUCGAUCUUCGUGCUGCGCCUCUUCAAUGAUUGCUGGGCCAUGACGCUGCUGUAUGGAUCUAUGGCACUGCUCCAAAGGCGGAGUUGGUUGUUGGGACUACUGUUGUACAGUGCAGCUGUUUCUGUCAAGAUGAACAUCCUCCUUAUGGCGCCUGCGCUUUUACUGCUUCUUCUCAAGGACACAUCGCUGUUGAAGGUUGCACUGGCGCUGGGGGUUGCUGCAGCUCUUCAGGUGGUCCUGGGGCUGCCUUUCCUACUGACAUAUCCCUGGUCCUACAUCGCCCGAUCAUUUGAGCUUAGCCGCGUCUUCAUCCAUCACUGGUCUGUCAAUCUGAAGUUCCUGCCUGAGGACAUCUUCCUGUCCAAGCCGCUCGCCAUUCUGUUGCUGGGCCUACACCUGAGCCUCCUCUUCCUCUUCGCCAACUACAGAUGGUGCAGAUCAAGUGGCGGGAUCGUCCAGACCGUCAAGUCUCAGCAGACAGCUGGGCCCGCGAGAAGCCGCGUCACUGCUGCGCACGUCACGACGGUGAUGUUCGUUGCCAACUUCAUCGGCAUCGUCUGCGCCCGGACCUUGCACUACCAGUUCUACUCCUGGUACUUCCAUAUGCUGCCGUACCUACUUUGGCGGUGCCCGUUUCCAGUUCUUGCUCGGUUGAUCCUCUGGGCCGGCAUUGAGUACUGCUGGAACGUCUUCCCAUCGACUCCGGCCUCCUCGGCUCUGCUUCUGGCCUUGCAUGUAACGGUGCUUGUUGGACUUUGGUUUGGGAAAGCGGAGAGUCCAUACGUAUCAGUUCCAAAGUCAAAAGGCCUGUGAUCUGGACAAGUUGCUUGUGUAAAAUAGACGACCGCCAGGCUUGCUUUGCCAGCCAACAAGAGUCUCGUGUUUGUCAGUGCAAAAGUUUCUCCUGCCAAGCUGCGCUGUGGCAUUGUGUACUUGUUCCGUUGCUUUUGGCAUGAUAUUGUGUCUCGCACUCGAUUCAGCUAGUGAGGCUUGUUCGGUACGAUAUCGACUAUAUCACUUUUCUUUGUGUGGCC